UGCAACCAUCGCCAGCGAGCGAGGCAGAGCAGGGAAAAGGGAGAAGGAAGCCAAUAACAGGGAGGUCUAGGAAGGUGGUGGAGGGGGAGGGACGGGGCCACUCCUCCAUCGGUGGGACUGCAGAUUAUUUUGCAUGGAUUGUUGAAGAGAAAAGGGAGCUGCAUUUGUGAAGGGACCAAAAAAUAAACAGCUCAUUGCUCGGGCAGGGGCCGAGCAGGGACUGGCUGCGAUAGGGGCGGCGAUGCCACACGUGCUGUGACUGCGAGGGAUGCUCACAGAUGCGUGUGGAGAAGAGGUAACCCCGAGGCUGAGCUGAGCGCGGGGAAAGAUCCCGUGAGCGCUGGGGGACAAGGAGCGGACCAUGAGCGACCCCAGCCCCUCUCCCCGUGAGUGCGAGCCGCACUCCCCGGGCUCGCCGGCAUCCCCACCGGCCCGCAGCGAUGGGGACGAGCAGGCUGCGGAGCCUGGCGGCGGCAGAGCCAGCCCCCGGCACGAUGGGGACGAGCAGGCUGCGGAGCCUGGCAGCGGCAGAGCCAGCCCCCGGCACGAUGCUCAGCCCUCCCGGCCGCAGGGGGAGCGCGGGGAGCGGCGCGACCAACAUCUGGCAGCGGAGACAGAGCCGGGCGGGAGGCUCGGCCAGCAGGGACAGGGGACAGGCGCUGCCGGCCAGGGCGGCCGUGCGGACGGGGCCGUGCUGGCCAACGGGGUGGGCACUGCGCUGGGCACUGCGCUGGACACUGGCUUGGACACUGAGCUGGAUACUGCGCCGAACACUGCGCUAGGCACUGCGCCGGACACUGCCUUGGAUACUGCGCUGGGCGCUGUGCUGGGCACUCCGCUGGACACUGCGCUAAACACUGAGCUGGACACCGCCGGCCCCAGCAGCCCCGAUCUGGGGGACAGGGGCUCCCCCCGGCUGGAGGCAGCGAGCGGGGCGCUCAGCAGGCAGCGGUGGCACAGCGUGCUGGGCUCCUCGGAAGCUCUGAGCGCCGACGAGUCAGAGGAGCAGUUCGGGUUUGCUUCUGGAGAUGCCAAGCUGAGCUGCAGUGAUGAUGACAGGGAGCAUUUCCAAUUCAAAGACAUCAGGGAUGGCUUCAGCUCGACCUUCGAGAAGAUUGUUGAGUCUGACCUUAUGAAGGGCACCUACUAUAGCAGCCUGGACUCUUUGGACGUGCUGUCCCUCACAGACGAGACAGACAGCUGUGUCAGUUUUGAGGCACCACUCACCCCACUGAUCCAGCAGAGGGCCAAGGAGAGCCCCGAGCUCCUGGAGCAGAAGCUGGCAGCCCAGCAGAGAGAAGCCCUUCACCACAUGGCUGCUGAUAAACAAGAGCUGGCAGCAGCCAAGCCUGUGGAGGGGGAUUUUGGGAGCCCUCUCAGACACUCAAUUACCAGCAGCAGGUCAGAGAAUGUGCUGAGCCGGCUGUCCUUGAAGAGUAUCCCAAAUGGGUUUCAUGUGGAAGGUUCAGAGGAAGAUGCCACCAAGAUCAUUAACUCCAUCAGCGAGGCCAGCCUGAAGGACACGCUGUCGGACUCGGACUCGGACAUGGGCAGCACGGAGCAGCUGGACCAGGGCAGCACGGACACGCUGGCCAACGGCUGCAGGGCGGACAGCGAGGCUGCCAAGAGGCUGGCCAAGCGCCUCUACAACCUCGAGGGCUUCAAGCGCUGCGACGUGGCCAGGCAGCUCGGGAAAAAUAACGAAUUUAGCAAGCUGGUAGCAGAGGAGUAUCUCAGCUUCUUUGACUUCACUGGCCUGACCCUUGACAAAGCACUCAGGACGUUCUUGAAAGCGUUCCCUCUGAUGGGAGAGACACAGGAGCGGGAGCGGGUGCUGAUCCAUUUCUCCCGGCGCUACUGCCAGUGCAACCCCGAGGAGAGCACCUCUGAAGAUGGGAUCCACACACUCACCUGUGCCCUGAUGCUGCUGAACACAGACCUCCAUGGCCAUAACAUUGGCAAAAAGAUGUCGUGCCAACAAUUCAUAGCGAACCUGGAUGGGCUGAACGAUGGGAAGGACUUUGCAAAGGAUUUGCUCAAGGCUCUGUACAACUCCAUCAAGAAUGAGAAGCUGGAGUGGGCCAUUGACGAGGAUGAGUUGAGGAAGUCACUCUCGGAGCUGGUAGAUGACAAAUUCGGAGCCAGUGCGAAGAAGGUGACAAGGAUUGUUGACAGCAGCAACCCGUUUCUGGAUAUCCCGCAGGCGCUGAACGCCGUCACCUACAAGCACGGCGUGCUCACACGGAAAACCCACGCGGACAUGGAUGGCAAGAGAACUCCCAGAGGAAGAAGAGGUUGGAAGAAAUUUUAUGCUGUGCUGAAAGGGACCGUCCUUUAUUUACAAAAGGAUGAAUAUAAACCUGACAAAGACCUCUCUGAAGUGGAUCUGAAGAACGCCAUCCGUGUGCACCACGCCUUAGCCACAAAAGCCUCUGACUACAGCAAGAAGUCCAACGUGCUCAAGCUGAAGACAGCUGACUGGAGAGUCUUCCUCUUCCAGGCCCCAAGUAAGGAAGAAAUGCUCUCCUGGAUCCUGAGAAUCAACCUUGUUGCUGCCAUUUUCUCUGCUCCAGCCUUCCCAGCUGCAAUCUGCUCCAUGAAGAAGUUCUGCCGCCCGCUCCUGCCUUCAUCCAUGACCAAGCUGUGCCAGGAGGAACAGCUGAGGUCUCAUGAAAAUAAAAUGAAGCAGAUUGCAGAGGAAUUAGCAGAGCAUAAAUUACAUCCUGUAGAGAAGAGCCUCAAGUCAAAAGAGGCUGAGGAAUACAGACUCAAAGAACAUUACCUAAUAUUUGAGAAGAGCCGCUAUGAAACAUAUAUCAACCUGCUGUGCAUGAAGAUAAAAGUAGGGACAGAUGACCUGGAGAGGAUUGAGACCAGUUUCUUCAAGGUGGAAGCCGAGGACAUUGCUCUGCGGAAGACACAUUCCAGCCCUUCCUUGAGCCAAGGGCACCUGUCCAUCAGCUGCAAGGCAGAAAAGGACAUUUUAGAGCAGAACACUUAACAAGGAACACGUGCACAGGGGGAUGAACCAGUGAUUCUCUGCGCUCCUGGACUUAGAUUGAUGAGCACAAUUUUACUUAGGAAAUUAUAUGAGCAAAAACCGUAGACAUGUAUGACAUGGGGAUUGCUCUAGUGAAAGAAAUCAAAGAAGCUUUAGUUGACACUCUCUGACAAUGCUCUGGCAUUUCAGCAUCAUCUCUUCUUCAUUCCCAACUGCACCAGUGGCUUUUCCUUCCCUCCUGCUGCAGCCUGCACAACAAAGGAAUAUGCUGGUUCUUCAAGGGCUGGGUUUCUCUUUCCUCCCCCAGCCCUGUCUCUCCUCCUUCCCUCCCUGGAGUACCCAGUGGUUCAUGGUCACAGUGCCUGACAGAGCAGGAAACUGAGCUGAGACCACGUCUGUGGCACCAGCAGCGCUCCCAGAGAAGGGCACAGGGUGGCAGGGGCACGUUCCUGCCCCAGGAGAAGCACAGUGUGACAGGACAGGGUCGUGAGCUGGUCACCAGCUGGGCGAGAGGUGUCUUCAGCACGGUGAUGUGGGAAUGUCACCUGCCCACAGCAGGACAAGCCUGA